AUGUCGAUUAUACAAAAAAUUGCGGAUAUCGAAGCCGAGGUAGGUAGAGCUUGAAAAUAGGGCUGAAUAUAAUAAAGAUAUGAUUUACAGAUGGCCAGGACCCAAAAGAACAAGGCCACCAACGCUCACUUGGGUAUUUUGAAGGUUUGUACGGAGUUUUCUAAACUUUUGUAGAAAAUCGCUUCAAAAAGUGCAGACUCAACAGAAAAAGUACUAACCUGAAGUAGAUUUCAUCCUUAUUAAAAAAAAACAAUUAGGAUAAGGCUAAAACUGUUUCGUCGUGAAAACGAGUAUGAGAUUUAAAACGCUACAAAAACACAUUCAAUAUUGGAACUCCCCAAAUUUUCAGGCGAAACUCGCUAAACUUCGUCGUGAAAUUAUCGCCCCGAAGGGAGGAGGCGGUGGACCCGGAGAAGGUUUCGAUGUCGCCAAAACCGGAGACGCGCGCAUCGGAUUCGUCGGUGAGUUUUCAUUUCGCAUAGAAAAUCUUCAUUAUUAUUCGAAAAGUUCACAAGAUAAACUUGUUAGGCACACGGGGAAAGAGGGUUGGAAAAGUGGACAAUCUAUAGGCAAAACUAG